GGUUCUCUGCCUUGUCUGCCUACCUAGCGCUACGUCUUAUAUUGCCCGCCACAACGCUCUUGUCGACGACUUGAGUAGCUCUCAGAAUUUACCUACAGAAUUACCAACUGCCUUGUAGACAAAUUCUCGUUCCGCUCUGCAGAAACAACAAUGGCUGCAAAUGCCAAGUACACGGCUGCCCCCACGCAGGACCCCGACGACCACCUCGAUUACACCUCCGCUCCGCCGUCCUACCAGGCAACAGGCUCCUCCGCAGCGCAGCCCUCCGAUGCCGAGCGUCUUGCUAGCGGUGUCCCGCGGUCAAGCGAGGAUGACCUCCCCGAUGACUUCAAGUUUGGCGGCAACGUGGCCGAGGCCACCGUCGAGAUUCGCCACCAGUUCAUCCGCAAGGUCUACUCGAUCUUGACCGUCCAGCUGCUCAUCACCGGCGGCGUCAGUGCCCUGGGUUUCAUGAGCACUUCGUAUCGGGACUGGGUGAGGGCGCAUCCCGGCGUCCUCUGGCUUUCUCUCUUCGGCGCCAUGGGCAUGAUGCUCCUGACCUACUGGAAGCGCAAAUCUUACCCCACCAACCUGCUCUUCCUCGGCGGCUUCACGCUGCUCGAGGCAUACACCAUCUCCGUGGUCGUGACCUUUUACGACUCGUCGAUCGUGCUCAACGCUGUCCUCCUGACUGCCGGCAUGUUUGUCUUCCUGACCGCGUUCGCCUUCCAGACCAAGUACGACUUCACCUCGUGGAUGCCUUACCUCUUUGGCGCCCUCUGGGGCCUCGUACUCUUCGGCUUCGUCGCCAUGUUCUUGCCCUACAGCUCCACCGCCGAGCUCAUCUACGGCGCCCUGGCCGCCCUCGUCUUCAGCGGCUACAUCCUUGUCGACACCCAGCUCGUCAUGCGCACGCACCACGUCGAGGAGGAGAUCGCAGCUGCCAUCAGCCUGUACCUCGACAUCAUCAACCUGUUCCUCGCCAUCCUUCGUAUUCUUAACAGCCAGCAGCAGAAUUAAGGUAUGGGUGGCGACGAGUAGUUCGGUUUCUUGUGUUGAUAUUCCGGUUUUAGUUUGAUUUUUUUUCGGUACCAGGAAAAGACUGUCAUCAACCUGCGUAAUUGUACGAUUCUCAGAACCUUUGGGUUGCUCUUGUUUGCUAUUGUAGUAGUCUGUAGGAUUCGUGAGGCUUCAGGGGAACUGUACGGCACUGGAUGAACAUAUUGGAAUGCUCCGUACUAAAUACAUGACCUCAGUAUUAUUUUGAUUGUCUUGUUAGUUCUGCGUUGAUUGCCGGUGAACCGAUGCCUCCCUG